UGGGAGGGGCCCUUCUGGUAAAACAUCCCUGUGUGCAGAGAGCGUCACUACAGUCAACAGGAGCGAUGUAAUUUCUGCGCAGGUCAAAGCUUUUUUGCAAGAAGAAAAAAAAACACCCACCAAAAGAACAACAGUACUAGCCUCCACGGCCUUAGCUGUUCCGCCUGUGUAGCAACCAGCCUCCACCCCUCUUGUCAUUUUAUUUUUAUGGUUUUCCAGCGUCACGUCGCGCUGGCCGGAGGAAUGUAGAGAAGGGAGUGCUUUAAAAAUAGCAUCCUCUGCUCUGACAGCGCUGCUCCGGGGGCUCCGCAGCACUGUGGUGCGAGAAGCAGGAAUGCGAAGAUGGCUGCAGACCUAGGAGAACUGCUGGUCCCGUUCAUGCCCACCAUCAGGGUGCCCAGAACCGGAGACAGGGUUUUUAAGAGCGAGUGCGCCUUUUCCUUCGACUCUCCAGAGUCAGAGGGAGGCCUGUAUGUGUGUAUGAACACAUUCCUGGGCUUUGGACGGGAACAUGUGGAGAGGCAUUAUCGCAAAACAGGACAGAGUGUUUACAUGCACCUCAAACGCCAUGUCAAAGAGAAAGCCACAGGAGCUGCAGGAGGCGCCAUACCCAGACGGAGAAAUGGAAAAGUGUUUCUAGAUUUAGAGCUAAACCGUGAUUUUAACGGCGAGGACUAUGAAUAUGAGGACGAGGCCAAGCUUGUCAUUUUUCCAGACCACUUCGAGAUCCCAUUACCAAAUAUUGAGGAGUUGCCCGCUCUGGUGACCAUCGCCUGUGACGCUGUGCUCAAUGCACCAUCAGCUUACAAGAAGCAGGAGCCUGAAUCCUGGGAGGAGGAGAUCCAGGUGUCCAGACAUGCGAGGAGCCUCAGACAGCUGGAUAACGGGGUCAGGAUCCCGCCUAGUGGCUGGAAGUGUCAGAAGUGCGAGAUGAGGGAAAACCUGUGGCUGAAUCUGACAGAUGGAGCAGUGCUCUGUGGGAAGUGGUUUUUUGAUGGUAGCGGAGGCAACGGCCACGCUCUGGAGCACUACAGAGAGACCAACUACCCCUUGGCUGUCAAAAUGGACACCAUCACCCCAGACGGAGCAGAUGUCUACUCAUUUGAGGAGGAGGAAGCAGUGUUGGACCCCCACAUAUCAGAACACUUGUCACACUUUGGAAUAGACAUGCUACAGAUGCAGAAAAGAACAGAGAAUGGUCACCACACAGACAAUAACUCCCGGCCGCGGGUCAGCGAAUGGGAGGUGAUCCAGGAGUCGGGCAUGAAGCUGAAGGCGGUGUUUGGUUCUGGUUACACAGGCAUCAAAAACCUCGGCAACAGCUGCUACCUCGGCACAGUGAUGCAGGUCCUCUUCAGCAUCCCAGACUUCCAGAGGAUGUAUGUGGGGAAUCUUCAGAGGAUAUUUGACUAUUCACCUCUUGACCCCAGCCAGGACUUCGCCACACAAAUGGCUAAACUAGGACACGGACUGCUCUCAGGCCAGUACUCCAAACCACCCAUGAAAUCUGAGCUCAUUGAACAGGUGAUGAAAGAAGAACACAAGGUAUUAAACUGGCACCAGCAGAAGGGCAUCUCUCCUCGGAUGUUGAAGGCCCUGGUCAGCCGGGGACACCCAGAGUUUUCCUCCAACAGACAACAAGAUGCCCACGAGUUCCUCCUGCACAUGAUCAACCUGGUGGAGAGGAACAGUGCAGGCUCAGAGAAUCCAAGCGACGUCUUUCGUUUCCUGGUGGAGGAGCGAGUUCAGUGCUGCCAGACUCGUCGAGUUCGUUACACUGAGCGGGUGGACUAUUGCAUCCAGCUGCCAGCCCCCAUUGAGGCGGCUACGAAUCGAGAGGAGCUGCUGGUGUACGAGGCCAAGCGGAAGGACGCUGAGGAGAACAUGCGGGCUCCCCCUGAGCCGGUAAGAGCGCGGAUCCCCUUUACCGCGUGCCUGCAGGCCUUCACAGAGCCUGAGAACGUCCCCGACUUCUGGAGCUCAGCGCUGCAGGCCAAGUCAGCCGGAGUCAAAACUUCUCGUUUCUCCACCUUCCCAGAGUAUCUGAUUUUGCAGAUCAAGAAAUUCACAUUUGGGGUUGACUGGGUGCCGAAGAAACUAGACUUGGCCAUAGAUGUUCCAGACUUUCUGGAUCUGAGCCGGCUGCGGGCUACAGGACUGCAGGCGGGUGAAGAGGAGCUGCCUGACCUCAUGCCUCCCAUCGUGCUACCUGAGGACACUAGAGAUAACUCCAUGGGCUCCAUAGACUCUCCAGAAAUAGACGAGGUGGCAGUUAUGCAGCUGGCAGAGAUGGGCUUUCCGCUGGAGGCCUGUAGGAAGGCGGUCUACUACACAGGCAACAUGGGCCCUGAGAUGGCCUUCAACUGGAUCAUAGCCCACAUGGAGGAGCCUGACUUUGCAGAACCUCUCACUCUGCCUUCGAUGAUGGAUCCUGGUCCCUCCACCAGUGACAGCCCCAUGGGUGCCACACUUCUAGGCAACUCACCCCCUGAGGAGAGCAUCGCCAUCCUCACUUCCAUGGGCUUCCCCCGCGCUCACAGCAUCCAGGCACUCAAAGCCACGAACAAUAACCUGGAGCGAGCACUCGACUGGAUCUUCACCCAUCCGGAGGAGGAGGAGAGUGACGCCCUUUCAGACAUGGCUGACACAGAGCCCAACGACAACGCUUUUUCCAACGCCAACUCGCACAGUGACUCCACGCUGUCCCCAGACAGAGAUACCUCGGGGCCGCGAGUCAAAGAUGGACCAGGACGUUAUGAGCUCUUUGCUUUCAUCAGCCACAUGGGAGCAUCCACAAUGUCUGGACAUUAUGUUUGUCACAUCAAAAAGGAGGGAAGGUGGGUGAUCUACAACGACCACAAAGUGUGUUUGUCAGAAAGGCCUCCAAAAGACUUAGGCUACAUCUACUUUUACCAUCGACUGUCUAGCAGUUAAACUAAAGUUACUGCCCCCCCUCCCCCUCCACCGUGCAACCUUUUAAAGAACCGCAGUCGUUCACCCCGAAGACUGGCAGACAACUUUAUUAACAGCCACAGUGGAAACGAUGGAAGUAACCUCUCAGACCAGCUGCUCGCCUCACCUGGAUGGAUUCAGGAGCAACCAGGAACUCUGGUCAGAAAGGGAAAGCAAUGUGCUUUUUGUGCAUUUGUGUUACGUUAUGCUUUAAAUGUUCAGUGUUUAUGUUAAAGAAAAGACAAUUUCUUGACAGUGUCAAAGUACAGAGGGAUGUGUGCAAUUUCUACUUCUGGAGUGCUCUGUUCACAAAAUAAUGUCACAUAUCAAAUCUGAUUGUUCCUUCUCUAUGCCUUCAGCUACUGUGCCAGUAUUUUCAAAGUGGUACAUUUUGUAAAUGUGUAUUAAAAUGGGAGUGCUUCACUGCCAAGGAAAUGCUGUGAACCUGCAACAACAAACAUGAAAUUACCUUGCUGCUGGUGGCUUUGCAUUUUACACUGAAAUACAAAAUAAUGUUUUUCAUCCACAGGAAAUUGAAAGUUUAUCAAGAAUUAAACUGUUUUUGGUUGGACGCAGAGACAUUAACAACAACCUUUGACUGAAUACAAGUUUCAGACUGAAGGAUAGCACCAAUGCAGCCAUGAAUAGAUGUUAACAUAGUUAAAAAUAUGGUUAUACUGGCUAAAUAAUGGCUCAAACCUGCCCCAGUUUUACCUGGAGAUGACGUGCAAGUUUGUCCCUCUUAAUGAGAAACUUUCCAAGGUACACUGGCUGAGAUAUCAAGAGAGAAGUAUUUUUUCCUUCCCUGAAAGUACUUUUUGACUAAAAAAAGUUUCUAUUAAGCACCUGAAGGAAUUAAAGUGGACCAGCUAUAAGCAAUUGAAUGUGAUAUAUUAAAUUUCAGUUUAAUUACUGCUGAGCUGGUAAAUCUUUGAAGUGGCCAGUCUACAAAGAGUUGACAGUUUGAUGAUUGAUGCAUAAUAUAAGCGAAACUGUGGUAACUUUAAGAUGGCUGUCGAAUCAUCAGUAUACAUCUGGGUUGAAUAGAAGUCCUCAAUCCUGCCGUGAACCUCUUUCAUCAAGUGUUUGCUCAAACUGCAAAAUAUCUGCAUUAAGGCAAAACUUUAACUCUCAGCUGCAGCCGGUCCAGUUUGGUUCUCACUUUGACAGAUUUAGACUAUGACCCAAAAGUUAAAAUGAAUGUUUUCCUUGACCUGUCGCCACUUUUUACAGGUCACUUAAUUCAGUUAUGCACCUGAACUGUUUUCACAUCUAAAGCAAUACAUGCACCUCAACCAAAUCUCCUCUUACCUAAUGUAUGAUAAAAGCUGACCUUUUAUCUCCUCUCAAAUGUGCGUUCUUGUACUGACAGACAUGUUGCAGUGCUGAAUGUAUAACUUCAUGGUGCUCACUGCAACCAACUCCUCCUGGUCAGCUUUAAGACUCAGAAACCACAGUGAACGUAGAACUGGCCGUUUGCUGUUUAGUCACUAUAACCUCAUGCUGGAUUAUCCACCGACUCUGUACUCUAAUCAUUCAUCUACUCGAUAUGUUCAUAAUGUGCCAGACAGAUUCAACCUAAAUAUUAUGUGCUUGUUUGUCAGAUAUUUGUGAAUUUACAGCCUCUGACUGUCAACAACAUCUCAGUAUUUGGGUUGAUGUUCUUAAACAUGUAAGCUAUGUGGAACUGGACCUGAAUCUGGUUUCAUAAAGUCAGUGUAAUAUUACAAAGUGUUUUGAAGAAAAAAACUGUUGCAGUUUGGUGACUGCAUUUGGUGAAUCUGCACUCAGUGGUGCACCCUUCGGGUGCAUAUUUUAAAGGGGAGCUUUGCUGAAAAUAGACAUUCUGAGUGUUAAAGUAUUCUGCUUAAGUGGAUGCCUUAACAGAGUGAGAGGAGAGGACAAUCCUUUGUCAAAAAUUGACAUUUCUUAAGAGGGUUGAAAGAACUGCAUAUCUAUUGUAGUGAAAGAAUAAGACUGUCCUUUUAGGUAAUGCUGAAGUUAAAGGAGUCUUUCCUUGAGGGCUAAUGUCUUUACAGACAAAAACAUCUUUAUGGAAGCUUUCAGAUAAAUAUCCAUUUUACAGAAUAAUUCCACAUUUCAGCGGCGCUCCUCUUUAACAACACUGUCUCUCCCCUCCCAUCUUCAUUAGUUACUACUUGAUAAAAUGCUGCAGCAUUCAUUGUCUAUGCAGCGGAGAAUUCUAAAAGCUCUUUCUAUGCAAGUCUUGUGUUUCUGCCGUUCUUCCUAUGAAAGGUACAUUUUUCAGAAAGCAAAUGUAUCCUGUUAAAACCCUGGUGUAAAAUCAGUGUUUCUGCUCUUCAUCAGUGCUUAAUGUUUGGUCAAACAUGUCUUUAGAUAUUCUGUGCAAUUAAUUUAAUUUCUCUGCACCCUUUGUCGCCCCCGCCCCCCCUUAACGUUAUCGUCUUUUUUUUUUGUUUCAGUUUUCCCUCCAGCCUGGUCUCUUCCAUUCUUUUCCUCUACGUUAUUAAAACGUCAAGGUUCAGUUUGUCACAAAAAAGCUUUUUAGCUGUCAGCAUGUGCACUAGACGUUGACAUUUAGUCAUUUGGAUUGUACAAUUGUACUUUUGUGAGUUUUAUUCUUUUUCAUUUAACUAAAUGUCAAAAAAGGUUCUUCACCUGUUUUUACUCUGUUGCCUUUUUGCAAAUAAGUUUGUGCCAAUUUGGUAGUUUUCAUUACAUAGUUUUCCUGAAGGGAUUAUUUUAAGUUGACUUUUGUAAUGUAUGCUUUUAUCCAAAUAUGGCUUAGGUGUAUGUGAAUAGAGUAAAACCGUAUACUCACUGGCACUGUUUACUUAUAAGGUUUGGAUAAUUUAAUAAACUACACCUUUUGUUGAGA